UGGCAUCUUCUCAUUAACAAGUAGAGAAGAUAUAAAAUAAUCGUCUAUGUCUUUCACUGUCAUCUAGUCUGUUUAGUAAUCUUAUAUUUGAUUAUUUUUGCACAAAGUCAGAUAAUAUCCGCGUGAAUUAGCCUAUAAUUUCAAUUGAUUCACCUAUCAUUCGGGUGAUUUAUUUAACCCCCAGCCGAGUUUGGAUUGUUUUUGACAGGCAGCAAAGUAAUCACCAGAGACACGGAACAACACCCCGGUUAUUUUGUCUGAUCGGGUUUAUCGUUUUUAUAAACAAGUUUAAAUAGAAGUGUGGAAGACAGGAUGCAGAAGAGAAGAAAGCCUGAACCGAUCCAACUCAACCCUAUUCCCGAUGGAAACACUGUCAACGGCACCGGUGCCACGGAGACUAACCUAGAGGCCCUUCAGAAGAAGCUAGAGGAGUUGGAGCUUGAUGAACAGCAGCGUAAACGCCUGGAGGCCUUUCUCACCCAGAAACAGAAGGUUGGAGAGCUGAAGGAUCAUGAUAUGGAAAAGAUCUGUGAGCUGGGAGCCGGGAACGGAGGGGUUGUCUUCAAAGUUUUACACAGACCCUCAGGGCUCAUCAUGGCCAGGAAGUUGAUCCACCUGGAGAUCAAGCCGGCCAUCAGGAACCAGAUCAUCAGAGAGCUGCAGGUUCUGCAUGAGUGUAACUCCCCCUACAUUGUGGGCUUCUACGGGGCCUUCUACAGCGAUGGAGAGAUCAGCAUCUGUAUGGAGCACAUGGACGGUGGUUCUCUGGAUCAGUCUCUGAAGAAAGCAGGAAAGAUACCAGAACAGAUCCUGGGGAAAGUCAGCAUCGCUGUGAUUAAAGGCCUGUCCUACCUGAGAGAGAAACACAAGAUCAUGCAUAGAGAUGUGAAGCCAUCUAACAUCCUGGUUAACUCCCGUGGUGAGAUCAAGCUGUGUGACUUUGGAGUGAGCGGUCAGCUCAUCGACUCCAUGGCCAACUCCUUUGUGGGAACCCGCUCCUACAUGUCUCCGGAGCGUCUCCAGGGAACUCACUACUCUGUCCAGUCUGAUAUCUGGAGUAUGGGUCUCUCUCUGGUUGAGAUGGCUGUCGGACGCUUUCCCAUCCCUCCCCCCGACGCCCGCGAACUGGAAAUUAUCUAUGGGUUCCCGGUGGAAGGGGACGCCUGUUCUAGUGACACCACCUCUCCCAAGCCCAUACCCCCCGGACAGCCAGGCAGCUCCUGUGGGCCAGACAGCAGACCUCCUAUGGCUAUCUUUGAACUGCUGGACUACAUAGUUAAUGAGCCUCCUCCUAAGCUGCCUGGUAUUUUCGGCGUUGAAUUUCAAGACUUUGUGAAUAAAUGUUUGAUCAAGAACCCAGCAGACAGGGCAGACCUGAAGCAGUUGAUGGUUCAUCAAUUCAUCAAACAGUCGGAGGCAGAGGAGGUGGACUUUGCAGGCUGGCUGUGUAGCACCAUUGGACUCAACCAGCCAGUCACCCCAACACACAGUGUGGGCAUGUGACGGCCCUUCUAUACACCUUGGUUACGUCCCAAUUAGCUCUCCUUCCGACCAAAGUGUCCACUUGUUCACUUCCCUUUCAAUGAUUUGAAAGUGGUGGAAACUCCCACUAGCUCAUGCUUCCACCAAUCCAAUUUUCUUGGGGAAGCAGCAAACAAGUGUACACUUAAGGAGAUAUUGGGACACACACCUGCUUAGCCAAACACUCAUAGCCUGUAUUCAAACAGAAUUGCUUUGUUUCAUCGGGGUGGUAUUCACAAUGAACCAAACAGGAAGUGACCAACCUGACUUUAAGAAAUGUCUGCCACUUUAAACACCACCUCUAAAUUGGGUUAUCCUCUAUGACUAGGUAGGUCUGCUGUUUUAAUAAGGACAGUAUGUAGGUCUGCUGUUUUAAUAAGGACAGUAUGUAGGUCUGCUGUUUUAAUAAGGACAGUAUGUAGGUCUGCUGUUUUAAUAAAGACAAUAUUUAAGCUUGGGAAACUGUCUGAGCAAUCACUGCCCCCCCCCCUAAUAGAAUAUUAUUGCUGUCUGCCACCUCCCCCACUGUCUCUAAAUAGGGUUGUCCUUCCCCACUGUCUCUAAAUAGGGUUCUCCUCUGACUAUAAAGGCCUGCCACCUAGGAGCAAGGAACAAAACACUGGAUGUACAGGUACUGUAUAGCCUACUUGCCAGACUAGACAGGUACUGUAUAGCCUACUUGCCAGACUAGACAGGUACUGUAUAGCCUACUUGCCAGACUAGACAGGUACUGUAUAGCCUACUUGCCAGACUAGACAGGUACUGUAUAGCCUACUUGCCAGACUAGACAGGUACUGUAUAGCCUACUUGCCAGACUAGACAGGUACUGUAAAGCCUACUUGCCAGACUAGACAGGUACUGUAAAGCCUACUUGCCAGACUAGACAGGUACUUUAAAGCCUACUUGCCAGACUAGACAGGUACUGUAUAGCCUACUUGCCAGACUAGACAGAUACUUUAAAGCCUACUUGCCAGACUGUUUUAGGAAAUAUCCUACUACAUCAAAAGGUGUCAGUCCUCCAUGGAAUGAGUUUGUCUGUUCACUCCUCCCUUGUUUUAUCUUAAAUAGUGGCAUUUGGAAAGUAUUCAGCCUUUUUCCACACUGUUACAUUACAGCCUUAUUCUAAAAUAGAUUUAAUCCCAUUUUUUUUUUAAAUGACCCUAAGUCAAGGCAGCUACCGUCAAUGAUCCCAAGCACACAACCAAGACAACGCAGGAGUGGCUUUGGGACAAAUCUUGGGGCAGGUUCUUGGGACCCAGAUUAAGCUUAGCCCUGGAGAAUUUCCAUUGAAAGUGCAUUUUAGUAACAGGACUAGGCUUAAUUGGGUCUGGGAAACUGGCCCUUAAAUGUCCUUGAGUGGUCCAGCCAAACCCUGGACUUGAAACCGAUCGAAGAUCUCUGGAAAUGGCUGUGCGGAGAAGCUCCCCAUCCGCUUGAGGACUUUAUAAUCGUUUGAUGAAAAGGUCGCGGAUUAGUUAGGAACGCCUGGUUGUCCAGAGUCUUAAAUUGGGCACAUUUAAAAUGACAACUAGAAGCAGCAGACCUUCCUUUGAGUUUAGACCCCCAGAGGUCACCGUUCAGACCUGACAGCAGUUCCCCGAUAAAAAAAAUGGUGGCAUUUAAGUUGUGCGAUUUGAAAAGCUGUAUAAUUGUAAAGGCUGUUUACAGACUGGGACCCAGGCUAGCGGUUUACAUCCAGACUGGGACCCAGGCUAGCGGUUUACAUCCAGACUGGGACCCAGGCUAGCGGUUUACAUCCAGACUGGGACCAUCCUCUGUAAAACGGUCUAAAUGAUGCUAUGUGGUAUAAUAU